AUGUAUGUGAGUUACCUUUUGGAUAAAGAGACCAGCAUGUACCCAGGAUCUGCGAGGGGUAACAGCAACCUGCCAGUGCAGAACUUUGUGUCUACUCCAGCCUAUUCCGAUUACAUGGGAUAUCAUCAUGUGCCAACUCUGGACGCCCAUGGACAGCCGGCGGGAGCCUGGGGAUCUCACUACGGCCCACAGAGGGAGGACUGGAACGCUUACGGCCCAGGACCUUCCAGCACGGUGGCUGCGGCACAGCUCAAUGGCUCGCCUCCUGCCCAGGUCUCCUACAGCUCUGCUGAUUACAGCUCCCUUCAUCCUGCUGGAGCUGGGGGGUUGCCGCCUGUAGAAACAAUUAAUGCACAGCAAAUCUCUCCCAGCAGCCAAAGGCACAGCUCUUACGAGUGGAUGAGGAAAACGGUGCAAUCCACUUCUACAGGUAAAACAAGAACAAGAGAGAAGUACCGCGUGGUUUACACAGAUCAUCAGAGACUAGAAUUAGAGAAGGAAUUUCAUUACAACAGAUACAUUACAAUCAGGAGGAAGUCUGAACUUGCUGCAAACCUAAGGCUUUCUGAGAGACAGGUGAAAAUCUGGUUCCAGAAUCGCAGAGCCAAAGAAAGAAAAUUAAUGAAGAAGAAAAUGACUCAUUUUGAUGGCAGCAAUCUUGCUUCUAUGCAGAGUGACUCUGGCUCCGUGAGCCCGAUGCCAGUUCCUGACCAACAGACUCAUUCAGAAAUGCCCAGUUCCUUAUUCACCCCUCCACCUCCUCCAGCUCCGCUUCCCAUGAAUGGUUUGCAGCACAACGGGAACCUGCAGCAGGUGGUGGCCUCGCAGUAA